AUGAAGACCCUCCGUCUGGCCGCCGCCUCAGCAGUGCCCCGCGCGGACGCGCUCGAAUUCUCUACCCUGCAAGGCAUCGAGCCCUUCAACACGACCUUUGCCGAGGCACACCUUGUCGACUUUGCUGGCCCCGUGACGGAGUCCGCAUCUGUUGCUCCCGCUUCUAAGCUCUCCGCCCGGGCGAGCGGCAACGUGUAUGUCUGCAUCAACGCCAACUUCCAGCCGGCUUGCUCCCUGAUCCAUUGGGGCAACGAUGUGUGCGCGGACUUUGUGAACCCCUGGGAGGACAGCAUCAGCUCGUGGGGCCCUGACCCGGGCGUCACCUGCCACGUCUACGAGAAGCGCGGCUGCGACGAGAGCGGCCGCAAGAUCUACAACGUUGGCAACCCUGGAAUCUCCAACCUGGCCGACUACCAGUUCAACGACAUCAUCAGCUCCGCGCGCUGCUUUUACUAG